GUCAGAGGAGAGAGGAGGGCAACGAGCACUCACGCAGCCUUGACUCUUGUACACCGAGCUUUAUCUUUGACACAAACGGGACUCAGCGGAGAAGAAACAAGACUUUUUUCUGUUUAACUACUCUGAAAUUAAACUUUUUGUUCGUUGGACUUGUUUUCUACGGCUCAACUACAAAAUUAUUGUCGCGGAGUUGGAGAAAGCAAGGUGUUAACCAUCCUCAGCCGCGAUUCCCCUUCAGCGAUCCUUCCCCUGCUUCCUCCCUAUCCGUUUACUCCACCCUCUUCAUGAUGUCAUCUCAGCCCACGACAAUUCAGGGAUCACGCCCUUUGACCCCUCCGCUGACAUCUGCAGGAUCCCCACGUUCCUCAGAGUCCCUGCAGCCUCCAGCCUGCAGACACAGAGACCGCUCCCCUUCCCCCAUGAGAGGCUACCUCAUCCCGAGCCCUCUGCCCACACGCAGAAACAGAACCUGCUCAGCGACGGCUCGUGCAUCUGAGGGUCCAGUGUUUACUGGUGUGUGUAAAUGUUUUUCCCGCUCCAAAGGCCACGGCUUCAUCAUGCCAUCCGAUGGGGGCAAUGACAUCUUUGUCCACAUUUCAGACAUUGAGGGCGAGUAUGUGCCAGUGGAAGGGGAUGAAGUUAGCUACAAAGUCUGCUCCAUCCCUCCUAAACACGAGAAGGUCCAGGCAGUGGAAGUGACCAUCACCCACCUCAACCCUGGAACGAAGCAUGAGACCUGGUCAGGACAUGUCGUCGACAGCUGAGCACUGACCCGGCACAGCUUGGGAUGGGAAGGGAACUCUAAAAGAAAUGAGAAGGGGUUUGAGGGGUGUUGAAUCGAUGUUGUUAUGAUUUAACACAGAGAAAGAUGAUUUAAGAGAAAUGUAAAUCAUCUAAUAGUUUACUUAUUGUGGGAGGCUUCCUUUUGUACUGUGGAAAUCAGUUGCUAUACACUGACGGUUUGACUGGUAAAUGAAUAGUCAUCGUAACAGUGGGAGAGAUGUUUAUUGUUAAAAGGCUCCUAACAGUAGGUUUAUAGCUUCAAUUUGUAGACCCCCUGUGUUAAAAGUUGAUGGUGCAUUAGGUAAAUUUGAGUAUUUUAUUAGUUGAUUUCAGCAGCAAUCAUUUAUAUCUAGGAAUAGGUCUUUUUAACAAAUUCUGUAUUGCAUGUUUGAUUCAACUUUGCAGCACUUGGGGAUGAGACGAGUGUGAUGUCUGUGCAGACAGUGCAGUAUGAUCCCAUGCUGUGAAACACCAUGGGAUCAUUUUCAAGCUAUACUGUGUGUGCCUACUUCUACAGAGAACUGACAGCUCUAUUUGUGCCUAUACUUAUACUAGCCUCUCAUCUGUGUUUGAUCAUGCAUGGGUGCCUCUGUGAGAGAAUACAAGAAUUAAAGCUUUUGCAUUCAGUGAA